AUGGUGGACCACCCGGAGGAUAAUAUACCGUUCUCGCUAGCUUCUCAAAUCACACUGCGGAUUCCCGUUCUCCAGACUGAUCCACCAUGUGAUUUGUCGUUAUGCGCUGAUCCCGCAUCGGUGCCUCUCCCUCCUUCUCCUCCAGCGUCGCCCUCUGCGACCAUGUCCCCCGUGUUAUCGCCUACUCCCGAGGCGGAACUAAACGUGGGGCUAGGUGAGUUGGAUGGUUCGGCCCGUUCCAGUCCCAGGAAGUUGAUGACCGAUAUCGAACCUGUAUUUGAAUCUGAAUCUCCACGCGAUUCACAUUCAUCAAUUCCCGUACCGGCAAUUCCCGCGAAGCCCAAGGAAGAUGUUCCCCAAAUAUCCUUGGAGGAUUUUGCCACCCGGUAUCGCCAAAGCCAGAGGAAACAAGCCCAAAGGAAGCGACUAGAACAACGUUUGCGUGCGACCAAGGUUUCUAUCGGAGUUUCUGCGCGCAUGAUCCGCAUUGGAAAUACUGUUCAGCGCGGCCUCGUUGAAGCUCUGAAACAUGAUGACAAGGCCAAUUUCAUUGCCCUAUAUCAUAUGCUCUAUGAUCUCCAGGAAUCCUGUGUUACCAGCGCCCGACUAGAGGAUUCCCAUGACUCCCCGGACGAUCGUGAACUUUCCCCGGAUGCCGAUUUGGACCAUUCCUCGGAUUUCUUUCAUCAGUUAAGCCCCCAGUCCCGGGUGGACUUGCUGAAGAUUUUGCGACUGGUGCGCUCUGACUCACAGUUCUUGGUCGACCGUUUACGCAGUCUCACCUCAGCCCAGCUGGCUGCACUUACUGCGUCAGCAACCGCAUUGGACAGCGGCGAUCCGGCUUUUCCUACUGCUUCCCGCCAUCGGGCCCAGUAUUCCUAUAAUCGAACCCCGGCCCAGUUUGCUCCAUUCAAGGACCAUGCGUAUGCUUUUGAAAGAACCGAUUCGCUAUCCAUCUUGCUUUUUAACGUUUAUGCCGCACCCUUGGAGCCCGAUGCAUCGGAAGCCCGGCUGCGCGUGGAUGUCUGGUCGUCUGUCUGUGCUCAACUAAUAUCCCAUGGAAGCAAUAGAUUUUACCCCCUGAUCAACCAAAUUCUUUCUGCUUGGGCCACUGGCAGUAACUGGAAGGCCCGUCCCAAAUUUGAGCUUUACCUUAUGGAUAUCUUACAAACCGGAGCCUUUCUCUUGGAACAUACUGACACCUCUCCCGAGGCUUUGGAUCCCUUGAGAACCGACGUUGCAGAGGAGUUCUUUGCUUCUGCUGUUAAUGACCUCUUUCGUGUGCUUGACGAUCCAGAUGGUGGUUUUCCCCGUGCAGUUCUCCAGUUUACCAAGGCAGUUCUCAGGAAAAUCGAUAACCCUGACACUCGCAGCCGCUUCUUGGAGUACCUGUUCCUCCAAUGGUUCUUCCCCAAGUUCCUUUACGGUGCUUUGACUUAUCCUGAGACACAUGGCUUAUUGCUCGAUUUUCAUAUUCGAAAAGAUGCGCGCGAAAAAUUACUCACCCAAGUCGGCAUGCGAGCGUAUUCUCAAGUUUUUGCCGUGUUGCGCUCCAUGCACCAUUUCUCUGUCUUGCGGCCUUCCAUCAAAGAGCAUGUGAUUAAUAUGCUUGAGAAAUUCGGAAGUACAGACACGCCCAAGAAUUCCACAAUCGAACUGUCUUCAUCUUCAGCACCCGAUCUAAGCCGCCGCAACUCCUCAUCGGCUUUCCUCUUGCUGUCCGCGACCGACGUGCUCACUCUCUUAGACGCCCUUUUCCCACAAUCAUUUUCUUCCCUUCAUUCUAGCCCGGCUACCGGUAUUCCACCCUGGUCUUCCAGUCUUUCGCCUAUAUAUAAAACUCGCCCUGAACCGUUUGUUGAACCUGGCUUCUUGCGCCCGAGCUAUGAUACAAGCCCCCGGCCUUCGUCACAAAGUGGAUCCUCAUUCUCACUGGAAUCAUCUAUAGUCUCUGCUCCUGAGGGUGGUCUUGCUCAGACUGCCGCUCGGAUCCGGUUCGAGUUGACCGAUCUCGAUGAACCCAGCGAGCGCUCCAAAUUGGAGCAUCCGUCCGAUGAGCACUGGACAAGCUUUUCUGUUUCCAAAGAUGGUUGUGAUCUUGCCUGGAGCAUACUUCCUGCCUGUGAACCUGGAUCAUUAAAAGUAUCUACCGUUGAGAGUGAUGACGAUACCCAAUCCACGAACCUUGGCCUUGAAGAGAACCACGAGGCGUUGCAAACUGCAAUCAUUCGUUUAGUCAAAGAGAACCACCUGUCCGACUCAGAUGACUAUGAUUUGUCAAUGAGAUCCCCUCUACUUGCCCCCAUGUCAUUGAAGCAACGAUUCACCCAAGCUAUGACUUUUACUACCAAUGACUCUGACUUUGUUGGAGCUCACUAUUGGUGGAAUGCGUCACGCCAGCUCCGACAGGGGCGGCUUUCCAGAUCUUUAGAUAUCGCAGAUGAUUCAUGGAUUGUUGGUCCGAUGCAUAGCUUAUGCAUCCGAUCUUUAAACAAAUCGCGGGCCGUCAUCGAGCGUUGCGAAACAGACUUUGUUUCCUUAGAUCACAGUUUGCGCCGGCUGCAAACACAAGUGAAGGACCUCAUGACCACAAUCUCCAAGGUACGAAACAAGAUGUGGUACAUGACCGAUGUCAAAAAUUCUAUGCGGUAUGAAGAGGCCAGGCAUGUUGCCAUGGCCCUCAAAACAAUGUCUGCGCGACCUUUGAUGGAUGCACCUGAAGAGUCAAGAUCUCGCAGUGCAGCCCGAUCACUGGGCGGCUCCUUGUUCCAGAAGCCCGAGCUGCAGGUGAUGAACAUCAUGAAGGCGCCAAGCAGUCAGGGUGGCCCUAAGAAGCUAUCUGAUGAGCAAGUGGAACUGACUCGCAAAUGGCUGUCCCACAACGGUAUUGAAAACUUCUGUAAAGGUGAGGAGAGAAUCCAUCGAUUCUGCUAUGAAGUCCAGACCAGUAUCAAUCGUCUCGUGGGUGAGACUAUGGCAGAGACACCAGUGCUGUGGGCCAGUGAACUGUUUCAGAGGGAACGGGCAAAGUAUGAAGGCUCUGGCACUCGCUCUUUUCCUGGGCUGUCUAUGCCCACUACUCCUCGGCCUUCAACCACUACAAGCGAAGAUCCAAUGCAUACCUCUCAUCUGUAUGGAUCUAGUCUUGCUAUUCCCGACCCGAUGUCCAGAUUGUCCCAAGAAAUUCCGUCUCUCGGUCGCAAGCCUUCCAUUCAAAGCCUAGUUUCAGACAAAUGGCGACCUCAGCGAGAUAUGCCCUCCACCGACGUUAGCUCAAUCGCUGGAUCUCCGGGUCGGGCAGCGUCCACUUCGACUGGCGAUACAUUCAGUACCUUCUGGUCUGGUCCACAACGACAUCCUGUAUAUGCCACCAGUUCCUCAAGCAUAUAUUCCAGGCCUCCCUCCAUGUUCAGCGAAACUGCGACUCGACAACCUCGUCGUACCGAGCGUAAAACUCAGGGUAAAAUUUUUUUCAUGGACGAACUUCGUCAAACGCUCACCAGUCUUCUGCUGAGCGACUUAGGCUCCCCAGUCUGGAGCUGUGGCAGCGAAACAGAUGCCUGGUUCUCAAAUAUUCUUGAUCAGCGCCGUGUUAGAACGCAAAUGCAAAGACGGGCGGCAGUGCAUAAGUUCUACGCAGAUUAUGACGAGCGGUCUCAGCAUCUUCGUGAAAAACGAAGGCCAUCUGGGGGUCGACGGAGCAGGUCUCUCGAUGCCCCCGGCUUGCGCGUGCGUGCUACUGCCAAAUCCGAUACCCCUACUGACCAUCGAGAUCCCUCUCAGGAAGAUGAUCACACUGAUUUUUCAUACAAAUCAGUCUUCCAUCGAUUGAUCGAGGUGUUCUCGCGCCAUGGUAACCCAUUCGUCAAAUUAAAUGCCCUGAGGGACCUACGGUCGCUGGUCGUCGCCUCAUUGAUAUCAUCUCAAGACGGAAACACUGCAACCCAAGGCAACCUGGAUUUAUCUACCGAGGCUGAAAAGGGGCGAAGUAAUGGCCCCAGGCCGCGCCAGAGAGAUUCGCGUCACAGCUUUUCCGAGCCUCAACUGCCUAAGGUGACUCAGACCGAUACGGGACUUCCUGUCUCAUCUCCACCAGAGUCUGUCACCUGUGGUUCUCGUCAAUCGGCAUUCUUCUCUCCAUCCGAAGACAAAAUCGUGGCUACCCUCCGCAGUUUGAUCCUUGAAGUAAAGCCCAAGACGCUUUUCCGCGACCUUCAAUUCAUUUCAGCAUUUGUCCCUGCCGACCAACUAAGCAAAAGUGACCGAGGUACCGCUUUCCUGCAAUUCGGCCUUGCAGCUCUCAGCCUCAAGGACGAAGUCUGCCAUAGUAUGGUUGAAAUCGCAGACCGCAUCGUCUCCCAGGAGCUCAUGCGACGCCAUCCUCUCCCAGGCGCAGACUUCUACCGACGCCCUGGUCAUGCUAUUGAAGACGCAGCGGGCAUGUGGAUUAUCACCGCCAAAGAAGGCAACCCUGUUGCUCAGCGUGAACUCGCCAUCCUAUACCUCACACAUCCCGAGCUCCUUCCUCGCGUCACACUCCCGCUCACUCGUCCCCGAGAUACUUUCAAGGCCGAGAUGAUGUAUAUACGUGGCAAGGACUCUAAGUCAGAUCCGCAGAGCAUGUGUCUGGCACUGCACUGGAUGCAGUUGUCUGCCAGCGGAGGUGAUGUUCUCGCUCGCAACCGACUUCGCGAACGCGAGGAAUUCGACUCUAUUGCAUGA